AUGCCCUCUGACCUUCAGCCGGAGCAGUAUAUAUAUCUGGGGGGGAUGAGGAGAAGGCCCCUGGCAGCCAAAAUGAAGUCUCUGGUGUCUGUGUGCUGUUUGCUGUCUCUGCUGGCUCUGUCUGCUGCAGAUCUCUUGGCAGAGUCCUCCAUCCAUGAUGAUGAGCCUUUGGUGCGCCUGCAGCUUCAGCAGCCAGAGGGAGACCUCUUCUCCUGUGGAUGUGACACAACAGAGGAGAACGCGAGCCAGAGCUCCUCCAACGACACCCCGGCCCCAGAGAGGACCAUGUGUCAGCCCUGCACACCCCCGUCAGCUUUAGGUGCUGCCACUGAAGAGCCAGCAUUGCGUUCAGAGCAUGAAGAGGAGGCGGAGGAGGAAGCAGCCGCUGCUGAAGAGGAUGCUCCCACUGUUGAGGUGACAAGUGAAGAAGAACAGGAAGAGGCAGUCCCCCAGGAGAAGAAUGUAGAAGGAGAGGAGAUUUCUGAUGAAGUAGCUGAUGCAGAGCCUGUGGAGGAGGGUCAAAGUGUAGAGGAGGAGGAAGUAGCUGAGGAGGUUGCAUCAUCUGAAGACGAGGAGAAGGUAGCAGAGGCAGAGGUAGAGGAGGAGAACAUAAAGGAAGGAGGAGAGGAAGCAAAUGAGGAAUUGACUCAUGAGGAGGAAGAAGAAGAGGACAUACCUCAGGGAGAUGAGGAAGAACCUGCUGUUGAGGAGGACGCUAACAUUGCUGAAGAUGCAGAGGAGGAAGAGGCUGCAGUGGUCGAAACAGAAUUAGAAGCAGAACAAGCAGAGGUUCCUAAAACUGAAUCUGACCCUGUGGAGGCAGAGGUCACUGCAGAAUCUGAGGCUGAACCAGAGGUGGCUGCAGAGCAUGAAGCAGAGCAUGAGGCAGAACCUGAGGCUGAACCGGAGGUGGCUGCAGAGCAUGAGGCAGAACCUGAGGCUGAACCAAAGGUGGUCGCAGAGCAUGAAGCAGAACCUGAGGCUGAACCAGAGGUGGCUGCAGAGCUUGAAGCAGAACCUGAGGCUGAACCAGAGGUGGCUGCAGAGCAUGAAGCAGAACCUGAGGCUGAACCAGAUGUGGCUGCAGAGCCUGAAGCAGAGCCUGAGGCUGAACCAGAGGUGGCUGCAGAGCAUGAAGCAGAACCUGAGGCUGAACCACAGGUGGCUGCAGAGCCUGAGGCAGAACCUGAGGCUGAACCACAGGUGAUUUCAGAACCAGAGCUGGCUGCAGAGCCUGAGAUAGAAGAGAUUGCAGAACUAGAAUCAGAACCUGAAGUCAUUUCACAGCCAGAGGUGAUUCCAGAGGCUGAGAUAAAGGCAGACACAUCAGAGUCUGUUGAGGUGGUGGCUGUGGAAGACGUACCCAUGGUAAAAACAGUGGAGGAGGCUCCUGUGGUGGAAGAGACACCUGAUGAUGUUGAGGAAGCGACAGUGGAGGAGGUGGCAGCAGAGGAGCCUGCACAGUCCAAAGGCAUGCCAAGCCCCCUGAAUAUGACACUGAGUGUAGCUAAAGGGGAAUUAGCAACAACCUCUGGUGGGGAUGAGGCAAAGGGCCAGACACUGAGAGACCGCUCCCACAUUGAGGACACACUGAGACUGGGUUCUGCCGAACCCUCAGAAGAGUACUCAGCUGCAAUGAAGAAGCUGUUGAACAUCUACCACAAGGCCAUCAAGCCGGUGGAGCAAGCCUACAAGUACAAUGAGCUCAGGCAGCAUGAAGUCACAGAUGGGGAGGUCACCUCUAAACCAAUGGUUUUGUUCCUUGGACCCUGGAGUGUCGGCAAGUCCUCCAUGAUCAACUACCUGCUGGGUCUUCACGGCACCUCGCAAGAACUCUACACAGGUGCUGAACCAACCACCUCUGAGUACACCGUCAUAAUGCAUGGCGAGAAGUUUCGGUCCAUAGAAGGCAUUGUUAUGGCAGCUGACAGCUCACGGUCCUUGUCCCCACUGGAGAAGUUUGGCCAAGGCUUUUUGGAGCGGCUGGUGGGCAUCGAGAUGCCCCACAAGCUGCUGGAGAGGGUCACCUUUGUGGAUACGCCUGGUGUCAUCGAGAACCGCAAGCAGCAGGAGAGGGGUUACCCCUACAGCGAGGUGUGCCAGUGGUUCAUCGAUCGGGCUGAUCUGAUCUUCCUGGUGUUCGACCCCACCAAACUGGAUGUGGGUGGAGAGCUGGAGAUGCUCUUCAGGCAGAUGAAGGGCCGUGAGUCCCAGAUCCGCCUCAUUCUCAACAAGGCUGACAGUCUCUCCACCCAGAACCUGAUGAGGGUCUAUGGAGCCCUGUUCUGGAGCAUGGCACCCCUGAUCAAUGUCACAGAGCCUCCUCGCGUGUACGUCAGCUCCUUCUGGCCUCAGGACUACACUGCAGACACAAGUCGACAACUGUUCAUGAAGGAGGAGACUUCUCUGCUGGAGGACCUCAACCAGGUGAUCGAGAACCAGAUAGAGAACAAGAUUGCUUUCAUCCGCCAGCAUGGUAUCCGUGUGCGCAUCCAUGCCCUCCUUGUGGACCGCUACCUCCAGACCUACUAUGACAAGCUGGGCUGGUUUAGCGACCCCUACGAGGUGUUCCACGACAUUGUCACUGACCCGGACAAGUACUACAUCUUCAAAUCCAUUCUGGCCAAGACCAACGUCAGCAAGUUCGAUCUGCCUGACAAGGAGGCCUAUCAGGACUUCUUCGGAGUGAACCCAGUGUCCAGCUUCAAGCAGCUCUCCCACCACUGCAGCUGGUCCGGUGGCUGCCUGCUGGACAGGAUAGAGAAGGCCAUCUCACAUGAGCUGCCAGCUCUGCUCAGCAGUGUCAGCAAGGCCGUGGGCACACCUGCCCCUGCGAAGGCUGCCCCUACACCUCCACCCCCACUCCCUGGCACCUGCGAGGGUCCUGGGUGUGAGGAGAAACCCAAAAACCGUUGGAGGAAGCAGUGAGCUGGAGGAGGAGGCAGUGAGAGGGGAAUGGUGGAGGAGGAAGAACAGAGGAGGCAGAUGGCGGCGACAGCAGCAGCAGCAGCAGCAGCCAGAGGCGUUCCUAAAAUAAUCCCCACUGCUGUUAUUCUCAGGACUGUGAUGUGGGGGAACUGAGAGAUAAAGAGAAUAGAAAAUGUUCAAAGAUGUACCAGGCAGACCUGGGUCGGAUUGUACUUAAAAAAUACUAUCCAACCGAACCAAUACUAUUCAUAGUGCCUGUUUUUUUCUGCAUGAAGUACAAAAUGGAAAUAAUUUACUCCAUCAGAAUAGUUCAAAUAGUCUCAGACUAAAGUUGUAAAACACUGAAAUAUUGAUUUUCAAUUGAUUUUCAGAUAGUAAAUUAAUCUAUAACAACUUAUUACUACACAUGGUCCUGAAUGACACCCUCAGUAUCUGUUACUUAAGUCCUCUAAAAAAUAACAAUAAAAAUGAGUUGCAUAUUUGACUGCAGUUUGCUAGAAAGUGUAAAUAAAAAGUU